GUUGUUUCUCAAUCCCUAAACUCUCCCACCAAAAAGCGUCUUUACUAGCUCCUCCCUUGUUAAUCCUACCGGUUAACAUAACUAAUAUUUGAUCUUUAUGCCAUCGAUCGUUACUAAUACAAUACAUGUUUAUGCUCCUUUUUGCAUGCAUAAACAAUGUUUUGUAUUUUUGGGAGUGCCAAUAAGUUUUAUUUCGCAUUUCACAUCAUUAACCAGAAAAACUAGAAUCGAGCUUCUCCAAUUACGAAACAAAUGAACAGUUGAAAGAGUGUCCAUGUUGACGUAACCAAGUAAGCACAGCGGCACUAAUAGUUCACCACUCUCCGGAAUUUGAAAGUUAGAAGACAAGUCACAGAACUCUCUCCUCGCAUUCACCCGAUGUCAGCUGUUUCCCAACCCACCAUUUCUCUGCCAACCCCCAACCUCAAUUCCACCCCAACCCCCACAACCCUCCUCAAAACCCUCUCUUCUUCCCACUCCCUCGCCCACUUCAAACAAGUCCACGCCCACAUCCUCCGUUCCACCCACUCGCCCUCCCAUUCCCUCAUCCUCAAACUCCUCUCUUCCCCUUCCCUCCCUUACUCUCUCUCCAUCUUCUCCCACCUCCCUCACCCUCUCCCUUCCCUCUCCACUCCCUUUCUCCGCCACCUCUCUCGUAGUUCCAAACCCGAAUUCGCCUUCUUUGUUUACCAAAGACUCAGGAAUGAAGGGAUACCAAUUGACAGGUUCGCUUUUCCUCCGCUUUUAAAGGCUGCCUCCAGGGUUGGCUGGUUGGCUGAAGGGAAAGAGAUUCAUGGCUUUGGCUUUAAGUCGGGUUUCCAUUCCGACCCGUUUGUGCAGACCGGUCUUAUGGUUAUGUAUGUCGGCUGUGGGAGACUUACGGAGGCCCGGUUGGUGUUUGAUAAAAUGUCUUACCGAGAUAUUGUUGCAUGGAGGGUAAUGAUAGAUGGCUACUGCCAGAAUGAACUUUUUGAUGAUGCAUUGGAACUUUUUGAGGAGAUGAAGAGGGCUAAUAUCGAGGCUGAUAAGUUUGUUCUCUCCAGUAUUCUUUCUGCUUGUGGUCGAGCUGGGAAUCUGGAUUGUGGGAAAGCAAUACAUGACUACAUUAUUCAGAAAGAGCUUGUGAUUGAUGCUCAUCUAAGGUGUGCUCUUGUGACAAUGUAUGCAAGUUGUGGUUGCAUGGAUAUGGCUCAGCAGUUGUAUGAUCAGAUGAUACCAAAAAACGUGGUUGUUUCAACAGCCAUGGUUUCAGGGUAUUCAAGACAUGGGCGAGUCAAGGAUGCUCGAUUGAUUUUUGACCAAAUGGUAGAGAAGGACUUGGUGUCUUGGAGUGCAAUGAUAUCUGGUUAUGCUGAGAGUGAUCAACCUCAAGAGGCUCUUAGAUUGUUUAAUGAACUGGAAAUACUAGGAAUAGGACCUGAUCAGGUGACCAUGUUGAGUGUUAUAUCGGCUUGUGCAAAUCUGGGUGUACUAGAUAAAGCUAAAUGGAAACAUGUAUAUGCCGAUAAGAACGGUUUUGGAGGAAGUUUACGUAUUAAUAAUGCUCUUAUUGAUAUGUAUGCCAAAUGUGGGAGUUUGGAAAGAGCAAGAAAUGUUUUUGAGAAAAUGACAAGCAGAAAUGUGAUAUCUUGGACCAGUAUGAUCAAUGCAUUUGCUAUACAUGGGGAUGCCAAUAAUGCCUUAAGAUACUUUCAGAAAAUGAAAGAGGCUUGUGUGGAGCCGAAUGGAGUAACAUUUGUGGGCGUGCUUUAUGCUUGUAGCCAUGCAGGGCUGGUUGAGGAGGGCCGAAAGAUCUUUGCAUCCAUGAUUAAUGAACACAAUAUCACUCCUAAACAUGAACAUUACGGUUGCAUGGUUGACCUCUUUGGCCGUGCUAAUCUCUUGAGAGAAGCUGUUGAGAUUGUAGAGACGAUGCCUUUUGCAUCCAAUGUUGUCAUUUGGGGAUCCCUCAUGUCUGCUUGUCAAAUUCAUGGUGAGACUGAAUUAGGAGAAUUCACUGCCACAAGGGUACUCGAGCUUGAGCCAGAUCAUGAUGGGGCUCUUGUUCUACUAUCAAAUAUUUAUGCCAAAGAAAGAAAAUGGAAAAAUGUUGGAGACUUGAGGCAAUUAAUGAAAGAAAGAGGUAUAUGUAAGGAAAGGGGAUGUAGUAGGAUUGAAUUGAACGAUGAGAUGCAUGAGUUUUUAGUGGCAGAUAGGAAUCACAAACAAGCAUAUGAGAUAUAUGAAAAAUUGAAUGAGGUGGUUAGUCGAUUGAAGUUGGAUGGCUAUGCUCCAAAUACCGGUUGUGUUCUUGUUGACUUAGAAGAGGAAGAAAAAAGGGAGGUGGUUCUAUGGCAUAGUGAGAAGUUAGCACUUUGUUAUGGACUCAUAAAUGGAGCAAAAGAUUCAUGCAUUCGGAUAGUUAAGAAUCUUCGAGUUUGCGAGGACUGCCAUACCUUUUUGAAGUUAGUUUCGAAGGUGUAUAGGAGGGAAAUUGUUGUCAGGGAUAGGACAAGGUUCCACCAUUACAGAGAUGGAGUUUGUUCUUGCAGAGACUAUUGGUGAUGUUUCUUGAGCCUUUUCUCUGCCAUUUUAUCCUAAUGGUUCGGAAUUGUUUAUGGAUUAUGGUAAAAUUUGUAUUGGAAUACCAACAGUGAGUUGCUUGGAACAUGACUGCUCUCCAAACCUUGUAAAAAUUUGUUAAAAACUUCAUUUAAAUGAACCUUUUCUUUUCUUGUUCAA